AUGCCGAGCUUUAUUGGCAGUGCUCUUCGCGGGAACUUCUUCCUGAUGCUCGGCCUGUGGUGGUCCAUCAAAUACCCCAUAAAGUACAUUCUUCUAAAGCUGGAUUCAGGCAACCCGCACAGCCAUUGGAUCCAAUCUAUGGAUAUUAUCGAAGGAACAGUGAAAGCUUUCUUUGCUCUAGGAGGUACUAUACUCCAACGUCAUCUUCCUGCUGCAGGAGAGAUGAUGUACCAUUAUGAAGCAUCUUUUCUACAUCUAUGUCUCGGCGCUGACAGACGAACGGGGGGGGGGGGGCAGGGGGGAGCGACACGCCCCAGACACGCCCCCGCCUGUUCGCCACUCCACCACUGUGUCUCAGGGAAAUUUACAGUCCUACCAUAGAAACGACUGGAAAUAAGUUUGAAAACAGUACAAAACGAACCCUUAAGGGCAGAGACAUUUUCACCUUCCUGGAAAGGCUAGUUGCAACAAAAAAUGACUUCAGUUGUUUUCAGAGUGCACAUACACUGAAAGCCCUGCUCUGAGUUACUGGGUAGCAAAGCUUCUGAUACUUUAGGGACUUUGUAGAGUUGGAAGGGAUCCAAGGGUCAUCUAGUCUGACCCCCUGCAGUGCAGCUAAAGAGUGUCUGACAGAUGGCCACCCAACCUCUAAACAAAGCCUCCAGUGAAGGAGAAACUCUCCUGUAGAAUGCAGCAACCUAAUGGGUAUAUAAGGUCUCUCAAGGAAGCUGGUCCGGAGCUGCAGAGGGCCUUAUACGCUGACACCAAAACCUUGGGUUUGGGCCAGUGGCAGAAUGGCAGGCAGUGCAAAUACUGCAAACACGGUGCUAUACGCGGGUGGCAAUUUGCUUCCAAAGCAACCUGGCCGCUACCUUCUCCGCCAGCUUUCUGACUGCAAGCCAGAGAGCAGAGCCUUAGAGGCUGAUCUUAAUGCUGGUGACUUUUUGGACAACCUGGUCCCACACCGUUUAGGGCACCAGGGGGAAAGACCAGCACUUUUAAUGGAGCCCAGAACUGAAAUGGCAGCCAAUAUAACUGGCACCAGAGUGAGUGUAGUGGGAUCUUCUGCCCAUUUUUGCAGACUAGCCACAAGUGUCCUGCCGGGCACAUUCUGUACCAGCUGCCGUUUCCAAACCAUCUCUAAGGACAGCCCCAUACAGUAGCCUGGAUGUAAAAGAAGCAUGUGUCAUUUGGUCGGCUUUCUCUAGGCAGGGCCACAAAUCUCAAAUCAGCCUGAGCUGGAGUUGCCAAAGGCCCAUCUAGUUCAGCAUCCUGAGGUCACAGCGGCCAACCAGAUGCCUGUAGGAAUCCUGAAAGCAAGACAUGAGCACAACAGCACUCUCCCCACCUGCAAUUCUCAGCAGUGGAUAUUCAGAGACAGAUUGCCUCCCAUGGCGGAGACAGAGCAUAGACAUUGUGGCUAGUCUUCUAGGUCUUAGAAAGUCCGCUCAGUUGAAUAACUGCCUCAUAUCAAACAGUUGGAAAAACAGAAUUGCUGAGUUUGUGUGUAUGUAAAAAAAAUAAGUCAUGCUAUUGAAAUAGCAAGUUUUAGUGUGAAAAUCAGCAAACAUACAGCUCAUCCUUAGCCUGUGCGUAACUCAGGCAUCCCCAAAUUCGGCCCUCCAGAUGUUUUGGGACUACCCAUCAUCCCUGACCACUGGUCCUGUUAGCUAGGGGUGAUGGGAGUUGUAGUCCCAAAACAUCUGGAGGGCCAAGUUUGGGGGUGUCUGUCGUAACUUGUAAAGAACCCCAAUGAGACACAUUAUUACUUGCUAAGCCAGUAAGAGUUUAAGGUCAGGAGGCUUCCUUAAUACUUGCACUUACUGAGCUCUUUCUGCUGUGUGUUCUUCCUUUCCACCCUUUCAUGUACACCUGCCUUCAAAUUUUGCCCAGUCCUUCACUCUGCUAAGGAAGCAAAAUGACUUGUGUCCUGCCUUACAGGAAUACUGGCUGAGCAGCUGGUCCCGGGUGGACCUCACCUUUCUCUCUACGACAGCGAGACCCAAGACUGGGUCCAGCUGAUGAGCUGGCAGCUCAUGACCAUGUACCUCUUCUAUGGCUUUUCUGGAGUGGCGGGUGUCCUUGUCCAUACGUCGCUCAAGUUGCCAGUGGGGCUGGAUCGCCUCCUGUUGGCUCUGGCUUUGUUUGCAGAAGGUGAGCAAUGAACAGAGGCUAACGGUCCGAAGCAUUAAGAUGGACAAGUCAAAAGGGUCGUGAUGGGAAAUGGCAGCUGCCCCCAACUAAAGACCCUGUUCAGGGAUUGUUCUUCAAGCUCUGGAGCCUUGGGGCAGGGUGAACACAAGACAUUCUGCUAGCUAGGAGGCAGUGAUGGCCAACAACCUAGAUGGAUUUAAAAUUCAGGGAGGGGAAGGCUAUGAAUGGCUAUUAGCCAGGAUGGCUGUGCUCUGCCUCGGUGGUCAAAGGCAAUAAUGCUUUAAAAUACCAGUUUUGGGAAGCCAGAGUGCUCUUCUGAAAUAAAAAGUUCUGAGUAGGCAUCUGAAACUCAGUAAAGUGUCUGCCUAACUUCUUGUGGCAGGGAGUUCCAUGGAGUUGGGCCCACGAAACUGAAGGCACGGCUCAUGGUUGCUAUGAGCUGUGCUUCUGCAAACCACAGUUUCCCCAACUCCUGCUGAUACCUCUUCUCCUGCAGGAGGUUGAUGCCAUUUGGACUACGUAAGAAAUGGCACUCCCACCCUGAGCACCGGAGCACAAAAGCCUGUGGGCUAUGACCACUGUGAUUUAUUGACGAGUAACUGUCUUUUGUACACAUAAUUAGGAACAUGGGGGGGAAAGGCUUUAUUCCUCCAUCUUUUUAGCAUGCGCUCAAGUGUGGAGCGGUAAUUCUAAUGUUCGCUAGCCAUUAUAAGCACAGAAUCAUGGGGCGUUAAGUACUUGAGGCUUAGCAAGACUGUAUUAUGUGAUCUUGAAUAUACAUGCAGAUCACCUAAUCGCAGCAAAUAGGCAACUAGAGAAUUGGCGAGUAGUUUAUUUACAUAAAAUGGCCACUAGGGGGCAAUUACGGUUUAUGGAAGAGGCUAGUUUAUUUUCCAUUAUAGUUUCCUACCCCAGCUUUAAAAAAAAUAUUUUGAAUGUACCCUGAUGUAUUAAUUUAGCAAUAACCAGACACACAAAGCUGCCUUAUACUGAGUCACACUGUUGUGUUUAUCUAGAUCAGUCCUGUCUGCUCUUAGCAGCACCUUUCCAACACUUUUCAGGGGGUAUUUCUCCCCACUUCCCCCGCAAUCAGCCCAGCUGCUCUGCAUCCUUUUAUAAUUUAAGGGUAAAAGAACCAGACAAGGUCUCUUCUGCGUACAAAACUGGUGAUCCCUCACUGCAUAAGGUCCCACCUUCAGUGACUGCUUUUUUCCAAAGGCUGUUGAAACAAAAAGCCUCCUGUGUUGCAGAUGAACUCCACCUUAAUCAGCUGCUAUCGAAUGAAAAUGUUAGCAGGGUGGCAAGAAACAAUCCUGCUUUUAAGGGACGAAAUCUGUUCAGCUCUCAAUGUGAUGUGAACCUACCUCUUUCGUACUUCCUGAAUCCGUACGUGAACCACAAUACAGCUAUUAUUCGUCUUUCACACUUCUCUGAAGCACCAGAACCCUCUCCCUUAUUGUGAUUUCCAGCAACUGCUUCUGACCGUGUAGACCAAGCACAGCGGCCAUGAAGAAGAGCCACUGAUAGUCCCCGCCUCCAUUAACUUGUGCAAUCCUAAUUGAAAGCCAAGUUGGUGGACAUCACUGCCUACCAAGGAAAUGAGUUGCAUGCUUUAACUAUGCUCUGUGUGAAGAGAUUGCUUUCUUUUAUCUGCCCCGAAUCUUACAGCAUUCAGCUUCGCUAGACAUGCCCUAGUCGUACUGUUAAAGGUAAAGGGACCCCUGACCAUUAGGUUCAGUUGUGGCUGACUCUGGGGUUGCGGCACUCAUCUAGCUUUAUUGGCCGAGGGAGCCGGCGUACAGCUUCUGAGUCAUGUGGCCAGCAUGACUAAGCCACCCUUUACCUUCCCGCUGGAGCGGUACCUAUUUAUCUACUUGCACUUUGACGUGCUUUCGAACUGCUAGGUUGGCAGGAGCAGGGAUCGAGCAACGGGAGCUCACCCCGCCGCGGGGAUUCGAACCACCAACCUUCUGAUCGGCAAGUCCUAGGCUCUGUGGUUUAACCCACAGCGCCACCUGCAUCCCUCUUAGUCGUACUGUUAGGAGGGAGAAAAAGGUUUCUCUGUCCACCUUUUUCCAUGCCAUGAAUAAUUUUACAAAUUUUCCAUCAUGUUGCCUCUUCCUUGCCUUUUCUCUAAACUAAUAAGCCCCGAAUCGCUUUGAGAAUUAUGCAAAGCACACAUCAACAAGUAAAGUGACUGCCCUACUACAGCUGUUUGGUGCUAGAGACACCAUGAUUCACAAAUGCCCACAUUCUGCAGCCAAGAUCAUCUCAAAGCCCAAAGAGCUGCAGUGCAAUGAGCAAUGUUCAUUGAGUAAAAACGCCACAUCCGUUUAGAGUGCAGCAACCUCAGAAUAUAUGGAAUGAGGAGCUUGGGAGGCAUGAUCAAAAUAUAUUCCACUGCCAGCCAGGGACAAAAUGGGCCAAAGCUUGAAAUGGCCUCUGACUGCCCACACAUAGAAAGCAGAGGGAAACACCUACUUAACAUGCAGGCAGGCUUCCCAACACGUAUUGAUUUAAGAAUCCUUGAAGGUCCAAUUUUGCUAAUGCUCUUGAGUAAUCGUCCCCUGUGGUUUGGAUUCUGGCAGGCUUCCUGUUCCAUUUCCAUGACUACAAGGACGCCGCGUUGACGGAACAUCUCUAUCGUCUCAUGAGCAUCGCUGUGUUUGGAGCUGCCCUCUGUGCCUCGCUGGAGGUCUUCCAACGAGAUCACACCCUCCUGGAGCUCUUCAGGGCCAGCCUCUUCAUCCUCCAAGGAUCCUGGUUCUGGCAGGUUAGUAGCCGGGGGAGUGGCAGGAGAUGCCUGUGCUUCAGAUUUAAUGUCCAGGUCUGUGAAAUGUUUAAAUCAAUACCCCCCCCAACAUGUGCUGGAGUGCAAGUGUGUGCCAAGAGAAAAGUGUUGCUGUGAGAAAUGCACUGGAAUAAUAAAAGGUGGCUGUGAGCCAGUGGCACCAUCAGGGCAGGACCUUAGGGCAGAAGUCCAAGGACCCACUCAGCAAAAUGACCAGGAGGUGCCUCAGUUGCGGCAAGGCAGGCUUAUCACAUUUUGAAGUCAGUGAAGUGGUUUACAUUGCCAUCUAAAAAGAGCAGGGAGGAGACCAUUUACCCCAUCCUUUUAAAGCCCUAUGGGAGAACUUUAAAUUAAGAGUCAUGGAUUCUUCCCCAAAGCAUUCUAGAAGCUGUGUUAAGAGUGCUGGGAGUUGUCUCCUAUUUCUGUCCCAAUACUACAUUUCCCAGAGUUUGCUGUGGAGAGGGAUUGACUGUUAAACCACUCUGGGAAAUGUGGCUCUGAGAAAGGAAUAAAGGACUUAUAACAACUCCCAACACUCUUAAACUGUAUCUUUAAAAAAAAUGGAGGGGAAGACUGUUUAAUGUAGUAUCAUCACAGAGCUUUAGAGGUUUGGUGUGAAUGCAACCUAAGAUUAGCUAACAGCACCACUUCUGUGAACCAAAGUAGAUUUCUGAGUUUAAGGGUUCAUUUGCAAACCGGAGAAACAUUCUUGGGCACCACACACAACACCCAAUUUAACUGGCUGCAACAAAACGCUUCAUUUGAAUUUCAGCAGAGAUGGGGAAGAAGAGGGGAUUCUGGGGGUACCAGGGAAGGCCUCUGUUGGGCACCUGUACGCCAGUGGGUGCUAUCCUGGCAACUCCUAUAUUAUACUCCUGGAUCUACAGCUCUAGAUGAUACGACAUCUCUCUUUGCAACCCUCAGAUUGGCUUUGUUCUGUAUCCACCAUGGGGAGGUCCAGGCUGGAAACAAGAGGAGCAUGGAAACAAGAACUUCCUGACCGUGUGCUUCUUUUGGCACUAUGCCGUUGGCCUUCUUGUGAUGGCAGCCAAUGGUUUCAUCAGUCAGCGGUGAGUGUUGCUCAUUAGAUAGGCAGUGGGUGAACCCAAAAUGAUCCAGUGGAAUGCUUCAUGUGGGAACAGGUAGCCAUGGUUGGCUAGUGGUAGUCCAAGGAUGGACAUUACUUAUGUCUUGGCCGUGUUCAAUCUUUUCUACUUAGGAUAGGGAUGAGCAAUCUGUGGGCUCUCCAGGUGUUGCUGGAAUAUAUUAGUGGCCCAUCAUCCCUGACCAUUAGUCACGCUGGCAGGGGCUGGCAGGAGUUGGGAGUCCCCAACAACAUCUAGAGGGCACAUAUCCUCUAGCCUCAAAUAGCAGUGUAAAAAGUUGUGGGAAGGGGAGAGAAACAAGUAACUUCUUUCCUUUUGUCACUCCUGAAACAUACUCCCUCCCCACUUCAGGCCUGUGAUAGCCAAUAGUAAGGUAAAAAAGGUAAAGGACCCUAGACGGUUAAGUCCAGUCAAAGGUGACUAUGGGGUUGUGGCACUUGCCUCACUUUCAGGCCAAAGGAGCCGGAGUUUGUCCACAGACAGCUUUCCGGUUCAUAUGGCCAGCAUGACUAAAUUGCUUCUGGCGCAAUGGGACACUAUGACGGAAACCAGAGCGCAUGGAAACAUUGUUUACCUUCCCGCCGCAGUGGUACCUAUUUAUCUACUUGCACUGGCGUGCUUUCAAACUGCUAGGUUGGCAGAAGCUGGGACAGAGCAAUGGGAGCUCACCCCAUCGCGGGGAUUCAAGUUGCCGAACUUCCAAUCGGCAAGCUCAAGAGGCUCAGUGGUUUAGACCACAGCAUCACCUGCAUAACUGAUCUCAUACCAAUACUGAUGCGUCAUUCACAUCAAGCCAGUGCAUUGCUCCACACUGACAACGUAUGUGGCACAUUGUUCCUGUAGCAGUUUGAAAAGGAGUAACAUCCAUUCUUUGACACAGUGUGUGGCUCAAAAAUAUGCCCCCCGCCUGCCAAAACUGUAUUUUUAAAAUCCUUCCUUCUUAUCCACCCUUCUUCACACUCUCUGAGAAACUCACAUCAAUAUAAAACAGUUCAAUAUUUUUAAAAAAGCUGUUGUAAAAACGUAACGGAAUAACUACCAAGAACAAUAAAAAAUGGAUCAGGUGGUAGGCAGAGAAAUGCAGACAAAGGAACCCCGUGGAGUAACAUCAGACAGACGUCAAGCAAUGCUCAACAGCUGGCGUCAUGAUUGCACAGUGUGCCAGCCUGUGUGGCUUGACCAUUGCUUUGCAACCUCCAUGGGAACAGGGCGUGAGGUCAACAAUUAUGCUGCUGUCAAUUCCUUAGCACUUGCUGAAGUGGGUUUUGUGUCUCCCCGUUGCUUAUAUCAAUAUAUUUGGGGGUUUGCAUUUCUGCAGCUGCAGUAAUGGAUGUGGAGUAAACUAUGGAAACGUCGAAGUGGAACUGGAUGUGGAGCUGGACUUGGCAUGUUGUCUAUGGAGGAAAAACCGAACCCCGGAUCCUGUCCUCCUACCAGAGAACAUCUCAGAUGAAAAAUGAAGGGUCGCAUUUUCCCCUAUUCUUCAAGAUUUUUAAAAAAACUGUGAAGUUUCUAGUUCCCAUCUGACAUAAAGGGUGCUCUUUAUAUUAAAAACAAGCAUAGUAGUCAACGGCAAAAGGGGAGAAGCUGUACCCUCUUAUAUAAGUGUUCAAAGCCUUCAGCUGCAAGCACACUCACCUCAGCAAGUUCCCAAAAAAUUAUAUCCGAGGGCCAAAGUGUGCACUGGAAAAUGUCCUGCUAAUGAACUUUGUGGCUUUAAAAAAAAAAAAUACAUCAAAUCUGAUGACCUUUUGAGGACUUUGUGUUUACACUGCGUGGG